AUGGUCGCGGUGGUGAGAAGUUUGAAGGACUCAGGGCUCGCUGUGACGGUUGUGGACGGGGACAAGCGGUAUACCUUGAUCCCAAAUGGAGAGAUGGCGCAGCGAGUUAGCACCGGUUGUCAAGAUACAUUAAAUUACCAUUGCAAUUCUAGUGCUCAAGCUGUAGAUGGCAGAUACACUAGUACCUAUCAGGCCGCGCAUUGUAAUAUGAGUCCUACAUCUCCUACUGUGCAGGUUGAUGAAUUCCCUCCACAAAGACCCAAGGGUUGCGCCCGGCAUGGUAAUUUUGAAGUUGGCGGUGCAGGCAGUGGGGAAGCGCACAUUCCUGUUAAGAAACCUCCAGUAAGCCAGUGUGCAGCCGGGACAGACAAAGGGGCGCCAGGCUGCAACUGCUCUCCACAAAACUCUUUCGCAAGCCGCCAGUUCGUCAGUUCCUUGCGGAAGUAUCCCUGCUUGUCUCCUGAAAGAUCCACUGAGAUUGUUGAAAGACUCAUCACAUAUUCGCCGACUAAACAACUAUCAGGCCAGUCUACCCACCGUACCCAAUACUCUCCUACUCGACUAUCGGAUGACUACUACGCUCAGGAUCGCGUCAAAAGCCCCACUAAGAGUACCCGAGAUACUCCCGGUGAACAUGACAUCGCCACUAGAAUAAAGAAGAUUGAAAGAUCCACUAGAGAGAAAAGACUUGAGUCUGCCGGUGUCAAUGGAGACUUCAAAAUACCGAGGGAGUACGAAGUGAGAUAUAUAAAGGAGAUACCGAAACGUGUUACAAAUUGCGCAAGAGUUCCCAACAGAUCCACUAAUAUGUCUCCUACGCCUAAAGGAGACCUUAAAGCAUAUGACCAACCAAACAAUUUCGUUACCUCCGUGGACACUGAAAGUCAAGCGGCCGUUAUGAUGGUGUCCAGAGAAGUGUCUACAGUAACAAGACCUGCACCUUCUAGAAGAACUGUAGCUGUUCCUCUCACCCCAUCACCAUCAGCUGCAAAAGACGCAGGUGAAUGCAGCUGCGUCCCAUGUUCCUUUUCCCUAGACUUAAAAUUUAGUAAAACUAUAUUAAGUCGUUCAAAUUUUCUACUUGUUUCUCCUAAAUCUGUUCAAACUAUCUGCAGUUGUAUAGAACUUAGAAACAAUCAUAGUAUUGUGAGUGAUGAUAAAAGAAGUAAGUCCCAUCAUCAUUUGAGAAUCACUUAUGAUGAUUUCAGGUGGGAUGCUUUAGAGCUACUUGAAGAAAUGUCAUUUAAUUGUAUAAAGAAACCACGAGCAUGUCAUAAAUUAAUUGACAAAGGGUUAGACGUAGAUAAAUAUAAGACUGAAGGUAAAAACAGUUACAUAGUAAAUGUAGAAGGCACUAAUUAUUGUAAUAAUGCAAAGUGUAUUGAUAAGUUUUGCAAAUCAAACAAAGGAAACGACCAAAUUGAAUCACCGUGGGUAAUUUUAGAACAGAAACUUGAUAACGUUAUUAAAAAUUGGCUAAAUAAACUCAAUUUACAAGUCAAGAACCUUUUAGAUAGGUCUGCCAAAAGAGAUUCUAUUUUAAAUUCUACUGCAAAUGAAAUAAAAUCACUUGUUUUAAAUGAAUACCUAUCAGAAAGUGAAUUAAAAUCAGAAAUCUUGAAAGUAAUGGAAGGAAUACCCUUUUAUGACUGUAGCAACAUGAAGACAAAUUUGAACAAACCAACUGAUGUUCUAUUAAAUCAAAUUCACAGUUUAACCACUCAAGUUGGUGAGAAGAAAGCAAGUCAACAAACUGAAUUGAAUCAAAAUAAUAAGAAAAAAACUAGUCUAACCGACAGUAAUGUUAAAAACCUAAUAGAAGAUGUUUUACUUGAGUUUUUAGAGAAAUCAGGUAAACAUAUGAGUGUUGAUCAAAUUCUGAGCAUUGAAGACGAGUUGGUUGACGUUCUAGUUGAUUCAAUUGACUAUAUAAGGUAUGGCAUCGAUUCUCAUAUCAGAUUAGAAGUCCAGAAUACAGUCAUGCAUGUAGGCGAAAUAACAAACCAGGAAGCUUAUGUUAUAACCAAGAAAUUGUUACAUAGAUUACAAGAAAUUUUAAAUGAUGAAUAUUGCCGGAAGACUUACACAAUUUUUCCUGUUCCUUGCAAUAAAGAUAACACAACCAACAAUACAAACAAAGAUAAUGAUAGUAUAUUACCUAUUGAUGAAGAAGAUUUGAAGGUUAAUUUAGACCAUUAUACUAGUCAGAUUAGUGAACAAAUAAACGAAUGGUUGAUUAGGUUGAAUCUGGGCCAGUUCCAAGAUAAGGCUCUGAGACAAGUAGUAGCAAAUGAUUUGGCAGGAGAAAUAAUUGACAGGCAUAAUUAUUUGGAGCUAAACCCAAAUAGCCGCGGAACGGAUGUUGAUGAAUUAGAACAAUUAAAGUUCCAGAUAUUUAAAUGGAUAAAUAAGUUAGUUGGGGAAUCCGUUUCUGUGGCUAUAGAUCACGCUCAAGACUUAAUGGAUAAAAUUAGGAGUGUACCAGUUCCAAUGUUGGUAGACCCUCAGAGGAUGCCGAAGGUUAAAUAUUCAAUUACAAAUAUUACCAAUAAGCAAUGUGAGUCUAUGGUAUCUCAGCACAACUGUAACUCAACAAGAUCUCAUGGAGAAAAAGAAUUAAACAUUGCUAAACCUGAAGGGGAUUCUGUGCACCCAUCCCGUAGAGAAAGACUAAAUCAUUCUGGUCAUGAUACACAAAACGAAAGUAAUAUGAGAAGUACUCAUGAAAGACAGACCACAAAUCAGAGCGCUUAUAGCCACCCACAACAUACAAGAAAAGAAAGUCAAUCUAAUUAUACCCAAGAUGGAAAUGUCUGGGUAAACAACCAGUCUGAUUAUAAACCUACAUCAGAUAACAGAAAUAGCAUCCAAAAAACAGAGACGACGCCAAAAGCAUGUCAGCAACUACAACAGUCCCCAAAGUCGAUUACUAUUCCUCCAUGCUGUACGGGAAAAGAAAUAUCUCUGGUUGCUGCAACACUCAAAAAACUAAACGAAGAAUACGAUAAUUACGUUCAGCAGUGGUUACUGAGUAUACCAAUCCCUGCUACAAAUCCAGAAGAACAAAAGAAUGCUGACCUUGCAAGAUUAAAUAUCUAUAGCGGGAUAUGGAAAGCAAUAACAAAGUUAAAAUUUGAUCCCAAAAUUUACAACAAUCCCUAUUAUUAUCAUGAUGUUUUGGAUGAUGAAAUAGAAAAAUUGCUACAAACACUUCCAAAUACAAAAGAAUUACUACUGAUAAAACAUAAGCUAAAAGAGCAGUUGAUUCAAAAUACUGUAAAUAUGAAUGAAGAAGUUAAGGCUGCAGCAGCUCUUUCAUGUUACAAACAACAACUUUUAGAUAAUUUAGACAAUCAUUUACCAAAAAAAUCCAAAUUGAAAAUAGAAGAAGAACUCAAUAAAAAUGACCUUAUUGAUGAUUAUCUACUCUUUACAACAUACAAACAGGACAAUGACGUAACAGGUAACGUUUAUAGAAAUAGCUUUUUAAAAAACAUUGAGAAAUUAGCAGAUAGUGUCAAAAAGAACCACGGUGAAGAAUUUAGGAAUAUUGAUUAUCAAACCUAUGUUAACGAGUUAAUAAAUGCAGUGAGUAAAGUUCCAGUUCCAGAUAGUGAUGCGAUCAAAGAAGAAGCUUGUGAAAUUCUAAUACAAAAGGAAGUAGACAGCUGGCUAACAGACCUACCGUUAAAGGCUAGUAUUAAUCCUAUAGAAAAACGGAGUCUAAGAAAUGUUUUGGCAAACAAAAUUAGUGACAUCGGGAAACGAAUGAAUUUAUCGGACUGUAAUGCAAGAAAAGAGUUACAAACAGUGUUGCCUAAAUACUUAGUUAAACUUCCUUUAAAUAACAACGCUGAUCUCAAGUUCCUAAUAGAAGAACUAGUGAAUAGAUUAAGAAAAAUGCCAAAACAAAUCGGGAGAAAGUCAGUGUCGUUUCAAAUGCCGCAAAAUUAUGAAGACUUUAGCAGGCACAUGCCAGGCUGUUCUAGCUUCUUAGGACCUUCUAGAAUAAUUGAUGAGAGUUCAUACAUGAUCAUUGCAGGCGAAAUAGUUACAAACCCGGAGCCGAAAAACUGGAUAAAUUUCAAACAGCCGCCUAUACCUGAAGAGCAAUGGGAAUCACUGGAACAAACUGCAGCCCCAUCGGACAUGCUCGACUGGUCUCAACGACCUUCAAGAGAUAGUGAAAACCACUAUGAAAGUUCACCACCUGUAAAUACGUCAGCGGCACGUGGUCAGCCGGAGUCGAAAAACUGGAUAAAUUUCAAACAGCCGCCUAUACCCGAAGAGCAAUGGGAAUCACUGGAACAAACUGCAGCCCCAUCGGACAUGCUCGACUGGUCUCAACGACCUUCAAGAGAUAGUGAAAACCACUAUGGAAGUUCACCACCUGCAAAUACGUCAGCGGCACGUGGUCAGCCAACAGCAAAUGAAUUUCCUGAGAAUAUGAACAAUUCCCGGAAUAUUUCUUAUACGAGUAAAUAUGCCGAACCUGAUGCUUAUGUACAAAAUUCACGAAAUUUACUAUCAUUGUCAAGAAAAAACUCAAGCACGCCCAAAGUACAACAUAAACCUAGACUUCAACAAAUGGCAGGAGCUGGUUUAGGAGUUCUUGGCACUAGUCAAGUUGCGGGUUCUAGUGGGGUAAGUGCCUGCAAUAUUCAUGGCUCCGUUCAGUCACCCAGGGAUAUCAAUAGCCAUAAAGAACCUAAACGUUCUUUAUCCCCGGCCACUAAAGAUAUAGACACAGAAAAAUGCGAGUUUUACCUCUCCACUGAUAGCAAAGGUAUCAAGCAAAUGAUAGAUGAAAAAAAGAAAAGGGAUACUCCACGACAGUCAGAUGCAGAAACUAUAACUUGUCCAUAUGAAAUGGGUCCAAUUUUGAACCCAGUAGAAUGUGCAGGCGGUUGUCACUACAUACCGAAGGAAAAUAAUUUUCUGUAUCAACGGAGCCAUUACUGCUUACCUAGACAGUGUGUCUUUCAAGACUUUUCUAAUGGCUCUUUUAGGUGUCAGAGGGGUCAAAGGUCGGAUGAUUUGAGAUGCGACACGGGAAAGAACCGUGAUCGCCAGGAAUCAAGAUACUCAAUAACCUCUGUUCAAAAAUCUCACCCUACAAACAUCAUAAAAAAAUCAGAAAAAAACUUCGGAACUGUAGAAAGUGGAAAAGAUAAAUACAUUCCAAUUAAAAGACAAGAAAACGAAGACCUGAUCGAAACAUGGAAAGUCCAAGAUUUUGAAAUGUCAAGUCUUUCCAGCAAAGAGUAUUCACAAGCAGCAGAUACAAAAUUUAUUCAUACUCUAGAUGAUACAACAAAAAUUAACUUCCCAAGUUUUAAUAACCUGACACUAAGUGAAAAUGGUCUACAGAAAAAUGAUAAAUAUUUCCUGCGUAAAUCACCAAAUGUGAUUUUUGAUGUUGGUAAAGAAGUAGUAGAAUUACCACAGGUACCCGAAAACAUUAAGAAAAAGACAGUACGGCCGGGGCAUGAUACUAAUACUGUUGAUAAUACAGAGACAAAAUACUAUAGUAGACAUGUAAUCGAUAAUUUGAAGAUUGUAGUUAAAAAAUGGUUAAAAAUAUUUAACAUAAAAAGGAAAGAUGAAUUUGGUGGUCUUAUGAACGAUAGAGAUGUUUACAAUUAUUUAGUAGAAAAAUUAGAACCAAUAACUUUAGACAGAGCUGAAUCAGACACGGAUUACAAAAAAGCUUUGAAACUGAAUAUCACAAUUAUUGUGAAUGAUUUGUCUCUGUCUGAUAGCUUGAACAGUACCGUAAUAGACACUUUAGUGAAUGAGAUAAUAGCUAUUGAAGGGAAGAUUCCUAUAAGAUACAUUCAGCCGACAGAUGCAGAAAUAAAACAAUUUAUUAAAGAUGAAAUAAUUUUUGUUAUGGAUAAGUCAUGUAUGAAGAUAAAUCCUCCAAAAAUGAAAGAGCUCGAAAACAAAUUAAUAGAUAAUUUAUUAGAUCUUACAGAAAUCGAAGAUAUAAACGAUAACGUCAUGAGUCAAAUUUCAAAUGCGUUUGAAGACAUUGCCAAAAUACCUGGAGAUAAAGCAAAAUACUUUACUAAAAUCAUAUUAAUUGACUAUAAAGAUUUUUUUUUUCGUCAAAACUUUUUCUCAAGAAACGACAAUAAAAAAAUGACAGUACCUGGUGUUAACUUAGAAUUUCCAAAUAAAAUUGAUUCGACAUUAAUGAAUCAGAGAUACUUUGAACAAUAUAUAAACCAAAUAGCAAAAGAAAUUAAGAAAUGGUUUACCGAAUUAAAUAUACAAGUAGAAGACAGUGAAAUGCAUGUAAAAAAAUUGGCGUGUGAUAUAAUAGAUCGACAAAAAUUCUUGGCAAAACAUCCAAACAUGAAAGGAACUAUUUCAGAAGAACUAGAACAUUUGAAAUAUCAGAUAUUUAAAAGAACUUGCAAAUUAGUUGGAAAAAAUACUUUGGUACAUGUUGAAGAUUUGAUAAAACGAAUUAAUUUUUUACCAAACUUCAGCUUUAAUUCAGAUAACAAAUUUCUUGAAGCACCACAUAAGUGUAGUUAUGAGCAUUUGGGUCCAGUGAUGGAAUCAUUGACUAAUCUUAUCGGUAGUUGGUUCCAUAAACUACCAAUAGACGUCAAUAGCGUAGGAGACACCAGUUUCAAUAGACAACUAAUAAAUAUCUUAGCAGAAGACAUUGAAAAAUGUAUAAAUAGUAACAAACUAGGGACUAUCGAUGAGAAAAUUGAUAAAUGGGUCAAAGAAAUAUUUAAAAAUAAAUUAAGCAGUGGUCAUACUCUUCUACUGAAAAAUAAAAUUUUAGUGUGGGUAAAAAAUAAUGUCAAAAAUUGGUCAGGAGAUUCUGAAAGAGAAAAUAAUAUUAGGACCUACAAAAGUAUUAUUAAUGAUUGGAUUAAUACUUUCUCUUUACAAUUAAAUAAAGAAGAUUACUUUGUCUGUAACAGAAAUAAAUAUGUGCACGAACUAGCUACAAAAAUUUAUGAAUCUAUAAACGGUUUAACUGAUCAAUCACCCUUAGUAGAUAUUUAUAAUACAUUAAGAGAAGAUAUAUUGGAGUGGAUGAAAAUAUUGCCUUUAGAUGAACAAUCUAAUAAGUGCAGAGACAAAUAUGCUGUAAUAUUAGUAACAAACAUAAAAUUGAAUCACAUAGGAGAUGCAAACGCUACAGAAUCAAAACAAAGUGAUCAGAAAUUCCUAAUGAGCAAACUAGAGAACGCUAUGCUUGAUUGUAUAAUAAAUACACCUGAAAAUACUAAACAAAGUAAAUAUGAACGCAAUACAAUAACAUUUAAUGAUCUGUCACUAUAUCAUUCCACUCAAGAUGACUCUUUGGAAGCAAACGUUGAAGCUUGGUUAAAUAAAUUGCCCAUACGUGUAACAGAUUUUGUAUAUUUUAAAAUUAAAAAGAACACAUUCAUAGAAAAUAUAAAGCUACUACGGACUUUAGGUGCAACAGAUGAAAUUAUUAUCAAUGAAAUUAUUAAGUUCAUGAAAACAUUACCGAUGGCAAUGAUCAGGCCGCAGGAUAGCACAUAUAAAAAAGUAGAAGGAAUGGCCUUGGAGGAUGAUUAUUUGAAGACGAAGCUUACCCAUGACGAUACUGCUGAAAUGAUUGAAUUUACUAUUCAAAAGUGGGCCGAACGUUUGUCAUUACCUACAUUUAAUAAUAAAAAGAUUUCAGGACCUUAUAUGACUUCACUGAUUGACAAAGUUGUGCCAUUAAUAUGCAAACUAAUGAAACAGCUAGAACAGAAUUUAAACGAGAAGCAUUCUCAAUUAAUCCGAAAUGAAAUCAUUAAAUUUUUAGAACGAUUUCCCCAAAAAAGAAUCCCUGAACAAGCUGUAAUGCAACUAUCAAAAUGCCUUACUAGGAAGCUAAAAUGUAUUAUAAAGAAAAAAACGACUGCUGAUAUUGACUCUAUUGGAAAUAUAGGAAAAACAACAAUUGACAAUGAUGAGAUAGAAGACAAUUUAGAAAUAUAUGCAACACAAAUAGUCGAUGAAAUUAGCAAUUGGUUAAAUAAUUUCCUCCGAAUCGAAAGUGAUGAAUUUAAUGUCAUGUUAAAUGAUUUUGCUGAUGAUAUAAUAAACAAGGAGAUUUAUUUAAAUCUAAAUCCCCAGUGUCAAAGAAGUUUUCAAGGCGAGAUGGAAAAAGUUCAAUUUCAGAUCUUAGAAGAUACUCAAAAGAUUGACACAAUUACAUUUGCACAAGAUUUUGUAAAGCAAGUAAAAAAUAAACCUUGCAAAAGAUUAUUUGCAAAAGAUUCACAAGUAUAUAUGCAAUCAGGGUGCGCUGAUGCGAAGGAAGGAAAAGCUAAUACUCUUACGGCAAGACAAGAAGAUAAUGGCACCAGUGAUGGAAAAUCUACAUGUUCUCGUAGUUUUAGUGAAAUGUCACGAUCAAGAGCGGACAAUAAUAGAAGUUCUAGUGAGAUUGGUACGGAUAAUUCAGUAAAUAAUAAAAAUACUCAUGCAAGUUAUCAAAAUGCAAAAGAAUCAAUAUUUGAGAAAUAUCAAACAAUCUUCAAGAAUAAGGUUUCUGACUUACCUAUUUAUGCGCCGACUCCUGAAAGCAAACAAUUAUCUGAACUCGCAAGAACCGGAAUAUACAACGCUAUAAUGAAGACAUUUUUCACUUUAAAAUCUGAUCAAGAACUUGAAAAUGAUUAUGGAUAUUUUGAAUUAAUAUUAGAGGACAAAUUAGAUGAGAUGCUGGAUUUGCUCCCACAAACUGAAGAAAUGAAAAAAAUUAGACACGGCUGGAAAGUGAGUGUUUUAAGUAAUGCCAUUAAUAUGCUAAAAGAAAUGCAGGACGUUUCAGAUAGGCCAUCUUUUAGACAACGCCUCAAAGACGGUUUCAAUAGAAAGUUUGCAAAAAAGUUCGAACUGGAGCAGUGUUUUUUACUGCAACAAGGGUUUUUAGCAGAGAUGGCAGAAGCUUAUAUAUUAGAAACUAAAUAUAAGGAAGACGAUCCAUUGAAAGCUAACAUAUACAAGCAGCGAUUGAUGAAGAAAGUUGAUGAAAUGGCAAAUCAUUUAACAAGACAACAUAAUGUAGACUUUAGAUAUCUCAAAAAAACACAAUUAAUGCAACAUGCCAUGAAAAUAUUAGCAGAAGUUCCUAUUCCUAACGAAGAUAUUUUGAAUGACGAAGUUGAAGAAAUACUUUUGGCCGAAGAGAUAGAGCAAUGGUAUAAAGAGUUGCCGGUUACACCAUAUAUUAAUGAUUUUGAUCAAGUAUUUAGGAAACGAAUGAUGAAUAUUUUGGCACAGAAAAUACACGAAAUUGAUAAGAAUAACGGCGAGUUACAUGAUUCAAAAGAAAGGGAGAUUAAACAUGAAAUCAGUAAUUUUUUAACUGAAAGAGGUAGACUAGAACGUGACAAAGAUUUGAAUAUAAAUUUUAUGGUCGACGAAUUAAACAACAGGUUAAAAAAUCGUCGUCUCAAAGACACAACUAAUUACGAUAUAUUUGAAAAAAAGAGGCCAGUGAGCUCAACUUUUGCAAAAUUAGAUAAUACCGAGAUAUUAGCCCCAUUAAUCGACGCUUCGACUGAUACCAUAAAUCAAUCAUAUCAAACGAGGGACCAACGGCUCGGACACGGGCCAACACUCAGGUCUAAUCAACAGCCUCGCCAAGGUCAUGUGUGUUGCCCCCAACAUCAAAAUAUCGGUCAAGAUCAACUAUCAGACCAAAAACCUGUGCCAUACUCGAAUGGCAUACCAUUUCAAUGGCCCGCAGAACCAGAUAAAAGUACAGAAAAUGUAGCCCAAGAUAGCCAAGCUACUGGAAUACCCAGAAUUGAUAUCGAGUUUGAUCCAGGUCACCAGUAUAACAUUAAGUCAUCUUCACCCCUAAGAGGCAAUUCUCUUAAAAGCAACCUAGAAAUGAACCGAGUAAACCGUCAGGGAAGACAACGAGAGAAUAUUCAAGAAAGAGGCCAUCACGAAAUAGGUGUAGGUCCCCAUCAAUGUCAAUGCCGUACAUCCCAAAGAACAGAUGCUCGCGGAACAAAAUCCUUGUCACCAAAAUAUAUGCCCGAGCCAGCCCAAGGGUACACUAAUAGACGAAGACAAACUUAUCCAGAGAUCAGAGGUCCAAAAAGCGCUAGUCCCUGCAGAAAUAACAUGUGCAAUUUCAAGCCUAAACCAGAUUUAGAAAGUAAUUGUUUGAAGCAAAGACAAGCAAGAAAGAGAACAAGUCCACCAUCUUCAGCAAACGCUAACUCAGAGAUAAACCGACCUAAUUCACAAGGAAGUCAGAAAUCAGCGCAAAGUAGAACGGGCAAUGUCAUUGCUGAUGAUGACCAAAACCAGGAUGCUCCUCAAGAAGUUUGUAUGCCUCAAGGUAUUAUAAGAUGUCACCCAAACUGUAAACAAAUACCACACCAAGGUUAUGGUCAAAGGCAAGCUGAGGAAAGUAACAAACCGAAAAUAAUUGUAAAAUGUCAAUGUCCCAAAGAUUUUGAUAAAGUAAAGUGUAUGUGUUUUGAUUCACAACCGUGUCCUUGCAAAUUGAUCAUUAAACCGUUCCAAAAUGUUAAUUUGGAUAGCUCGCUAGUUAGUAUAAAAGAGGAGCUAAGCCUUCUGGUGAAUGUCACGCUGUCAACGACUUCCACAUUGGGCGGAAAGGUUUCGUCACAUGUCGCAAAUGGUUCAAUACCAUAA